AGGAACAGGAAGUUCGGCUGUGUUUGACUGAGAAUGACAACAUGAAAACAUAGCUAGUACAUAUGUUUUUGUUCCCUUAAGUUAAAUUGUGAAUACAAUCUGUUUUCUUACUGAACUAAACAGUUAAGAUCAAGUUUUACGGUAAAGCGUUAUGAUGCAUAGCAGGGGUUGCAUUAGUUUAUGUACACAGUAAUCGUCACGUUAUCUACAAUUUACAGUAUGAAUAGUCUUGUGACCUGCUGUGUAUCGUAUUUUGUUGAUGUCACCGCUGUGACUAUUUUUUUUUAGUUUCUGUAAAAAUAAUCGUAGUAUAAUAUUGUUAUUUGCACUUUCUUAUAGACCUUGAAUGUAGACGGUCAGUAUGCCUUGUACUUGUGGAAACUGGAGGAGGUGGAUUCGUCCCUUGGUCGUGGUUUUGUAUAUUUUGGGGUUGUUGGUUGUUCUUCCAUUAUGUGUCUGGGAGUUGCAGAAAUCUGAGGUUGGAACACACACCAAGGCAUGGUUUAUUGCUGGGAUCUUUGUGUUUAUGACAAUACCAAUAUCACUUUGGGGGAUCCUGCAGCAUCUAGUCAACUAUACUCAGCCUGAACUGCAGAAACCCAUAAUCAGGAUAUUAUGGAUGGUGCCGAUAUACAGUUUAGACAGUUGGAUUGCGUUGAAAUAUCCAAAUAUUGCAAUCUAUGUGGACACCUGCAGGGAGUGCUAUGAAGCCUAUGUAAUUUACAACUUUAUGAUCUUUCUUCAAAACUACCUGAGCAACCAGUAUCCCAGUCUGGUGUUAAUGCUGGAAGCCAAAGAACAGCAGAGACAUCUCCCCCCUCUGUGCUGCUGUCCAUCAUGGCCCAUGGGAGAGGUGCUGCUAUUCAGAUGCAAGCUUGGGGUGCUGCAGUACACAGUUGUUAGACCUUUCACCACUAUUAUAGCACUAAUUUGUGAGCUAUGUGGAGUGUAUGAUGAAGGAAACUUCAGCUCCAAAAAUGCUUGGACCUACCUGGUGAUUUUCAACAAUUUAUCACAACUGUUUGCCAUGUACUGCCUUGUGCUCUUUUAUAAGGUGCUGAGGGAGGAGUUGAACCCUAUCCACCCAGUUGGGAAAUUCCUCUGUGUGAAACUGGUUGUAUUUGUGUCCUUCUGGCAAGCUGUUUUUAUUGCGUUCCUGGUUAAAGUUGGGAUUAUUUCUGAUUCCCACACCUGGGACUGGGACAGUGUGGAAGCUGUUGCAACAGGUUUACAGGACUUUGUCAUCUGUGUGGAGAUGUUUCUUGCUGCGAUAGCUCACCACUACAGCUUCACAUACAAACCUUAUGUACAAGAAGCUGAGGAGGGCUCAUGUUUCGACUCUUUUCUUGCCAUGUGGGAUGUUUCUGACAUUAGAGCUGAUAUAUCGGAACAAGUGCGCAAUGUUGGGAGAACAGUAUUAGGCCGCCCUCGAAAAAUGUAUUUUGCAGAAGAACAGGAGCACAACGAGCACACCAGCCUUCUGUCCGGUGGAGCCCAGGAGCCUGCCACAGAUGUCUCUUCUAUGCCACCUUCUCCCACGGGCCGCUACCAAGGACUUGGGCAGACCACCAUGACUCCCCACUCUUUAUCAGCGCCUGCAGGGCUCUUCAGCUCUGCCAAUGACACACAGUAUGAAGAUUUCCCAAAUGCACUGCCUCAGGAUACUAAGGAACUUCCGGAUCAGGAUAGUCACACAGAGUCCUGAUCACUUACGCAGCAGAUGCCCUUGCUCUAUUUUGAUGCCUAAAAACCAUUAAUACUAAUAAGGUAUGCUCUAUUGCUAUGUCUGUAUUUAAUAAAUACAUGAUUUUUCUUUUCUGGGUUUUAGGGUUUUCGUAACACAAUGUUACAGCGUAGGGUUUGUCAAAAUGGUGGUAUUUUGUUCCUGAAGGACCUUUAAGCUUUUGGUGGCAUGAUGUUUGUUUUGCUCUGGAAUAUUGACAGACAACCUGUGCUUUGUGAAUGUUAUGAUUGUGUAGCACACAAUCGUGUCAUGCCAUACAUGGCCAUGGUCUGAAAUGCCUAAUGAUCGUAUGCUUUAUUAGAUACAUUGCUUUAACAGCCUACUAAUCUGGGCCUUCCUUUAUAUUCAGUUCUUAGCGUGCUUAGCAAAAAAUAUUGAACCUUCAAGCAGAAGCUUCUUACUGUCAGCCUUUAUUAAAAUAAUGGUUUUUUUUUUUAAUUCUCAAGGAUCCUAUGUUUAUUGGAGAAGGCAAGAAUCACCAAAUAGCACAUAUCACAACUUGCAAAUAUGUGUUGACAGUUGCCAGCUUAUAAGCAAGUCUCUUUUUUUUUUUUAAAUAACGAAAUGUUGAAAUAUACUUUAUAGAAACACUUAAAAUUAUUUGGUAAAUGGGCCUCACAUAAUGAGCAUUAUAAUCGGGGGAGGGGGUAGGGGGGCUUCGCGGGACACAAAACAACACACAUCUGACUAAACUACAAAAUAAAAUAACUCCCUCUCUAUAAUGCACAUAUAGUGAAGCAAAAAUGUAACUUUACGUGAAUUAACCACGCAUAAUGCACCAUGUAAUCAACACUAUAUUUUAUACAAAAUAAAAAAAAAAGGUAACAUUCCCACUCGUGGAUAUAGUAAUGUUAAAUAUUAUUAGUUUCACUCAAGACAGACGGCUACAGUUGGGACUGAUUUAAAACAAAAUAAUAUGUAUAAAAUACAUUAACAAAGCAGGUUACUCUUGAUCGCUGCAUCAUUAUCCUGUAUUUGUUCAUAGAUGCAUAUUCUCAGUAACUUUUAGAAGCAACAACACAGAUUACGCUCUUGACAGUAAGUUAAUAUAUACAAGACACGUUUUUAAUUUCAUGGAAUAUUCGAUUUCAUUCAUAUAUUAUUGAUUUGUUAUCGUGGGGUCCCAAUCAAUAAAUAAUCUGAUUAUUAUCAUUAUCAUUACAAGCCUAAUAUGUUUGAGAGAGCAAGGGGAUGCUAAAGGAAGGCAGGGUUUUUUAGGAGUUGUACACCACAGACAGUCAAAGCAGAUGUUCCAAUUGAGCUCCAAUCUAUUGUUGGUGCUGUGGGAAGAUAUGACACUGCACCUUACAGUUUCAGUAUGUGGAAUUGCUUGAAACAAAAUUUCCAUCAUUUGCUCCACCAAUCAGAGGCAAAGGAGUUAAUCAUAAGCUAGAUUCCAAUACCCUCAAGAAAGUGUGGAAUGUCAAUACCAAGCUUUAUCACCACCAGAGUGGCAGUACUGGUUAAAAAAUACAUGACCUACUAAUGUAUAGGUGUUUGCCAAAGGAUAACCUACUAUAUGGUGCAUUACUUCUGACUAUUCUACCUUGAUAGCACAUCAGUCCAGAAUCAUUACAGUAUAACACUAACUAUUGUUAAUACAUGGUUAAAAGGAAGUUUUGUUUCUGAAUGGAAAACAGCAAUGCCAAAAAAUACAUAGUGGGUCCCAUAGUGCUAGAUAUGGAAUUCAAGGUGUAGCCAAGUGAGACUGAAAUAGUUAUGUUCCUGCAUAGACCAACUCAUUUUGAUGAGGUAAGGCAUUAACACUUUGUUCCUCCAACCCUUUCAGUCGUACUGCAUGUUUGUUUUACAGAUGUAUGAGUCAACUAUGCAUUUUUUGUGUUCAUUUUAUUACAAGGCUACUGGCAUUAUAAAAUACAGGGACUAAUAAUUUGACCCUUUGUACAAAAAUACAAUAAAUAAUUAUCAUGACUGACCCCUCCUAAUUUACAUUGUAGUCAUAAGUCUUCUUUAACCUUUUAUUAAGCAAAUAUUUCCUUAUUCCAGCAUGGGUAUGGGUUCUUUUUUAAAAACCUUAAUUCAGUACUAGUAAAAAGACGCAUUAAAAAAAAAACAUACUUUACAAAAAUUAUCAAGAAAUAUACAAAGACAACCAUGUAACAAUUUGUCAAUUUUUUGGCAAAUUAGGUUUGUAAAUAUUGUGAUGUCAGGCGCAACGGGCUGAAAUAUAUAAAGUAAGUUGUCAAUGAGAAUACAAAGUACUUCUUUGUUUUUGUUUACAAAAUAUAUUCCCAAAGUGUAUAUGCUAAAUCAGGAAUCAAGCUAAUUCUGGUUAAAUGCUUAACUGUUUUUAAUUGUAUUUGAGGUGCUUUGGCAGUACUAGUGGAGCUGCUGUCAUUCCUGGCAUAACACCACCAUGUAUUGUACUGCGGUAAGAAAAAAUCCAUGAUGUCGCAUAUUUUGUCUUUCAAUGUAGAGUAAUGUGGUUGGAAAACUAAGGUAUGUUGUAAAUCUGGAUAAUCUAAAGGCCUUGGGUGUACAUAUUCUUUAAACAAUUUUAUUUAAUAAACUAAUUAUACCACUCA